AUGGGACCACCUACGCAAAGUGCGAGUGGUUUGGCUAUCGCUUGGCUUGAGUGGCUGCAGUUUCCGAUCAAAUCGUUCACCGCGCUCUCAAUCCCGGAUGUGAGCCGCGAGGACUUGGAGGACCUUUAUCCCAUAGCCUUUGUCAUGAGCAUGCUUUGGCUGGCCGUUUUUGCCUACUGCGUGGUGGCUGCCUGCGAUGGGAUCCAUCAGGACUUCGGGAUCUCCACCUCGGUCCUCGGAUACACCAUUGCGGCAGCAGGGACAUCGUUUCCCAACGUCUUCUCAGGGAUGUGCGUGGCGAGGCAGGGCAAGACCACAAUGGCCGUUGCGAACGCCCUGGGCGCAAACGUCCAGAAUGUUUUCCUGGCGUUGGCCAUUCCCUGGGCGGUUCAAUGCUGCAUCAACAGGGGCAGCUUCAACAUGCCCUUCAACGGCCUGGCACCUGCGGUGGUGGAGAUCUAUGUCACUCUGCUGCCGGUGGUCUCCGUCUUCAUUUUCUGCAAGGGCACAUUUCCGCGGUGGUCUGGCUACCUCUUCUUGAUGAUUUAUGCGCUCUACCUGGCGGUGGCUCUUCGGCAGGACGUUACGCACUGCCCUUGGUGGCCCUUCGAGUGCCCGGAGGUGCAGUCCUAG